ACUACAGCUCCAGAACCUAUUACGACAACCACUGCAGCUCCUGCUACAACAACAACAACUUUAGCUCCUACGACAACCACAACAACAGCACCUCCAACAACUGUAGCUCCCACGAUAACUGCAGCUCCUACAACAGCUUUAGCAUCUAUGACAACCACUGCAGGCCUCACAACAACAACCUCUGCUCCUACGACCACGACCACUACAGCUCCAGAACCUAUUACGACAACCACUGCAGCUCCUACUACAACAACUACAACUUCAGCUCCUACGACAACCACAACAACAGCACCUACUACAACACCUGCAGUUCCUACAACUGUAGCUCCCACAACAACAACAACUGCUGCUCCUACGACCACUACAGAUCCAGAACCUAUUACGACAACCACUGCAGCUCCUGCUACAACAACUACAACUUCAGCUCCUACGACAACCACAACAACAGCACCUCCAACAACUGUAGCUCCCACAACAACUGCAGCUCCUACAACAGCUUUAGCAUCUACGAUAACCACUGCAGCCCCAACAACAACAACUGCUGCUCCUACGACCACUACAGCUCCAGAACCUAUUACGACAACCACUGCAGUUCCUGCUACAACAACAACAACAACAACUUUAGCUCCUACGACAACCACAACAACAGCACCUCCAACAACUGUAGCUCCCACGAUAACUGCAGCUCCUACAACAGCUUUAGCAUCUAUGACAACCACUGCAGGCCUCACAACAACAACCUCUGCUCCUACGACCACGACCACUACAGCUCCAGAACCUAUUACGACAACCACUGCAGCUCCUACUACAACA